AUGACCAUCCGACAAGCCCAACCGACCGCGGUGGAGUUCAAGGAACAGCACCACUCGCAACAGACGCCGGUCCGUAUCAUCCAUGUCGGCGCGGGAGCAGCCGGACUUCUUGCCGCCUUCAAGGCACAGAAGACGCUGCGAGACUUCUCGCUCGUAUGCUACGAGAAGAACGCCGGCGUAGGCGGGACAUGGUACGAGAACCGCUACCCGGGCUGCGGCUGCGACGUGCCGGCGCAUUCCUACACCUUCUCCUUCGAGCCCAACCCCGACUGGUCGGGCUUCUACGUGCCUAGCUCGGAGAUUCUUGCCUACAUGGAAGCCUUCGCGGACAAGUACGGCCUGCGACGAUUCAUUCAGUUGGAGACCACCGUGCUGGGCGCCGAAUGGGACGACGCGGCCGGAGAAUGGGUGGUCGAGCUGAAGCGCAAGGACGGCACUGUUUUCACCGAUCGCUGCAACGUGCUAAUCAACGGUUCCGGUCCCUUGAACAAGUGGAAAAUGCCGGAUAUUCCUGGAAUCGAGACCUACAAAGGACAAAUCUGUCACUCGUCCAACUGGGAUGCGGGAUUCGACUGGAAGAACAAGCGCGUAGCCGUCAUCGGCUCUGGGGCCAGUGGCGUGCAAGUCACACCACAACUCGCCAACGGAUCCAAGUCUCUGACCCUGUUUGCCCGUUCGAUCCAGUGGCUUACGCCGUCCCUGGGUCUGCAAGACAUCCCCGUGCCGGGCGUGGCGGCCGAGGACGCCCAGCCCCCCGGGCCCUUGGGCAAGCAUCUGUAUACCGAUGCGGAAAAACGGGCGCUGAGGGAAGACUCGGCCGGACUGCUCGAGUACAGAAAGAAGGUGGACCAGGAACUGCAGCGUUGGUUCGGCGUCUUCCUCCGGGACAGCGUCGUGUCCAAGGCGGCCAUGGAAGCCAUGGCCGAAGGCAUCCGGGCGCGUUUCGGCGCCGAGCACCGGGAACUGGCCGACGCCUUUGUUCCCGAGUUCGGGCCCGGCUGUCGCCGCAACACGGCAAGUACCGAAGGCUUUAUUGAAGCGCUCGUCCGGGACAAUGUUACGACAGUCCGUGAUAAUAUCACACGCUUCACCGAUUCCGGCCUGACCACGGCCGACGGACGCGACUUCGAGUUUGACAUGAUCGUAUGCUGUACCGGUUUCGACGUCGCCUACACGCCCCAUUUCCCGGUCAAGGGUCGAGGGGGCAUCAAGAUGCGCGAAGCAUGGGCGGAGAAACCGCGCGUUUAUCUGACCAUGGCCACGCCGGGUUUCCCCAACUUCUUCCACAUCGGCGGGCCCACGGGGAACUGGGGCUCUGGCUGCGUGCUGGCAUCUCACGAAGUGCAAGUCGAUUACGCGAUCCAGGCCUGCCUCAAGAUCUCGGCGGAGCGUCUCCACUCGAUCGCCCCCAAGCCGGGGCCGACGGAGCAGUACAUGGCCUACAACGCGGCGUGGCACCGGGCGUUCAGCCACUGGGCGGACGAGUGCCGGUCGUGGUACAAGAACGGCGGGCGGCCGGACGGCGAGGUGAUGCUGUGGUGCGGCAGCAUGCUGCACAUGAUGAAGACGCUGCGGGCGCCGCGCUGGGAGGACUACGAGAUACGGUACCGCGAGGCCAACAUGUGGGCCUUCUUCGGCGGCUGGGGCCGGACUGAGCUCGAGGUGAAGGCGGAAGCGGGAGAGGCGGUCGAUCUCAGCCCGUUUGUGAGGCAGGCUGACGAGUUCUAUCUGAUUGAGUGA